GUUGACAAAAAGAAAGAAUGAAUCCAUGAAAAAUGAACAAGUGGAAAAGAUAUUAAGCAAGUCAUCAGGGAAAAAUGAUUUUCUGAAUUUCCGAUGGUUGACUCUAAUUUUAGGAGGUGAAAAAAAGAGCUGAAUCUAUCCGUGGUUAAAAUGUGGAACCGAGGAUUCAAUGUUUGGAUCAAAGGUUGCACUUUGUUGGCCUUGAUAUCUAUAAUUUCUGGUCUGGAAGAACUGGGAUCGACCCGCGUCGUCUUUCAGACAAAUUAUGGGGAUAUUGAGUUUGGUUUCUUUCCAACUGUUGCACCCAAAACAGUUGACCACAUUUUUAAACUUGUGCGACUUGGAGGCUAUAACACUAAUCAUUUCUUUCGGGUUGACAGGGGAUUUGUAGCCCAAGUAGCAGAUAUUACGAACGGAAGAUCUGCUCCCAUGAACGAGGAACAAAGAAGAGAGGCUGAAAAGACUGUUGUUGGUGAAUUUAGCGAAGUCAAACAUGUUCGCGGUAUUCUUUCCAUGGGAAGGUAUGAUGAUCCAGACAGUGCUUCAUCAUCAUUUUCAAUACUACUUGGAAAUGCUCCUCAUCUUGAUGGCCAGUAUGCAAUAUUUGGAAGAGUUACUAAAGGUGAUGAUACAUUGACUAAGCUGGAGCAACUACCUACUCGUAAAGAGGGUAUAUUUGUAAUGCCAACAGAACGCAUCACUAUCCUUUCAUCAUAUUACUAUGACACGGAAACUGAAAAUUGUGAGGAAGACAGAUCAAUUUUGAAGCGCAGGCUAGCUGCAUCAGCUGUUGAAGUUGAAAGACAGAGGAUGAAAUGCUUCCCCUGAUAAAAGCAAGUUUAAUAUGAAGUUGGAAUGAAUGUUAUGUUAUUAUACUGCUUUGUUCUCUUUUUAUGUAAUGUCCAUUGUCCAAGCAGAUAUUGAUUUUGUUAAGUAUGAAAAAUUGUUUAAAUUAUUCACAAACAUGCGUUCAAACAACAGGCCAAUAUAAAUGCUUAAAAGGGCAUGUUCGUUUCAAACGCUAUUUCCUGAACGCCCAAAAUAUUUCCUU